UCGGUGAAUUUCACUUUGGGCGCACAUAAAUAUAAACCCUUUAUUUCUAAUUUAUUGAGAUACGGAAAAGAAGAGGAAGAAAAAAAAAAAAAAAAAAAUUAUAUGAACGUGGGAGGCUAAUUGAGAUGAGAAACUUGGAGGCAAAGUAGCAGUAGUAGGAGUAGAGCGAAGAAGGGGAGAAAUGGAGAUUGCAAAAUCCAAACCCAAAAUCAAACCCUUUUCUCUUAUCCCACAAAAUUCGUAGCUACAGUAGCGAAGCUCAUCAAUCGCAUCCCCUUUUUGUUCCUUUUCAUGAAGAUUCAGAUUCUGGGUUAGGCCAAGGGAGAGGUGAGAUUUGGAAUUGGAGGGCCAUGGAGGGCGGAGGAGAGGGAGGUCGGGAGGGUACCAGAAAAAGAGGGGUCCACAAUCAGAAGCUGUACAAAGGGAUAAGGAUGAGGAAGUGGGGGAAGUGGGUGGCUGAGAUUCGAGAACCCAAUAAGCGCUCCAGGAUUUGGCUCGGCUCUUACUCUUCUCCAGUGGCCGCUGCCAGGGCCUACGAUACCGCUCUGUAUUACCUCAGAGGCCCCUCCGCCAGGCUUAAUUUUCCCGACUUGUUAGCCGGGGAAGGACGCGGAAUUAGCGGCGGUGGAUGUGGCGACAUGUCGGCGGCUACUAUACGGAAGAAAGCCACGGAGGUGGGCGCACGAGUGGAUGCUCUGGAGAGUUCCUUAGGUCAUCACCAACACAAUCACAACAAUCGGAACCAUCAUUCCCAUGCAUCGGCGUCUCCGCCAGAGACGAAAGUCUGCAGCGGGUUUUUGGAUCGGAUGGAUUUGAACAAAUUACCCGACCCGGAAGAAGAUGAUGAAGAAGGAGAUGGGGAGUUCGAGUGGGAGAGACAAUGAAGAUGAAGUGGGGAUACUUUUCUUACACUCAGAGACGCCAACACACGCCACCGAGGUAUGUGACGCCCGAUCAUCAUGCCCUUGGUUGUCUCCUAAUUUGGUUCUCUCUGUUUCUGGUUAGGCUGCCUCCAUCUAGGGUUUUUAAUUUUUUUUUUUUUUUU